GGACUGUAUAGGCCUUGAUAGAUCUUCCACUUUGACUUGCCUACUGCUGGCCUUUGUUUUCUUGCGGUUUCAUGAAUGGCAGUGGGUGGAGCGGUAGGUGAGCUGUCUUCUCUGUUCCCGUAUUUCACGACGCCAGCAAGAACUUCCCUUCCCUUCCCUUAUCUCCAUUUUGCUAGACAAACUGUGCAGAAUCAGCUCAGCAAGCAUGGAAAUGGUGGCUUCCGUUUUUCAAUCACUGAUGGAUUGAGUCCGAAAUCCUGUCUCAAACAGUGAUUUCUGGAAACCAAAAUGGGGGCAAAUUGUUGCGCUGCUGCCAAGAACACUUCCUUGCAAGGCACGAACCUAAAUCAAUCGCCACCUUGGAGCUUUCGGUGGGAUAAUAGAACACACGUAGAAGAUCUCGCAACAAACGAUUCUCAGCAUUCCCAUACAAGGAAAGGAAACAGUGACAGUAAACUUGCAGCAGCUGCUGAAACUGAUGGGCUUUCUGAUAAAGGUAGUAGUAGUAGUAGUCCAUGUCCAUCAACAGCAUCUCAGACACAACAAUUGCACAGGUCGCCGAUAAAUAUUAGAGUUUCUUGGAAAUAUAGAGACGGUGUUGGCGAACUCACUUCAUCUGAUCGGAGAGAGACACGGUCAUUUGGCAAUGAUAAGAAAACCUCAAUCAGCAGCAGAAUGAGACAGUCAAUCCCUGCCUCCCCUGACCGUCAAGAAUGCAAAAUUUGCAAUGAUCUCGUAACGAAGAAAUCGUCAUGGAAUUUCCAGAGAGAAGCUCCGGCCAAAGGCCCCUGUGUGGUUGCGGUUCUGUUCUGUGGGCAUGUGUACCAUGCUGAAUGUUUGGAGAAACUCACGCCCGAAACAGAUGCGUACGACCCACCCUGCCCUGUCUGCAUUCAUGGGAAACAUUUCAACUCCAGACCAGUUGGAAAUGCUAAAUCAGGAGCAAGCGGCAAGAUCUCCAGGAUAGUUGUGGUUGACAACAAUGGCGUGGAUGGAGAUAUGAUAUCGGAGUAUCAGCGGAGUGCUGGUAAAGUGAGAAGAAUAGGCAUGAACUCAAGCAAGAAGAAGAUGGCCUUCAGCAAGCACUUUAUGGGACACCUCUCGUUAAAGCGCAAGUUUCAGAAUGUGAAUCCACCAGGAAAAGAGACUUCUGAUUGAUAUACCAAAGGAAGAAUUGAUUGCGAUGCCUGAUCGGAGACAAUUAUACAACUUCUAUCUGACAGCUGUAGUUCCUCUGCCAUCCUUGCAGAAGUAUAAUCGUAUCUUGUUUAAGAGUUUGUAGAGUAGAUGCGUGGUCGUUGGGGUUUCUAUAAGCCCUUCUUUUUUGUCCCCUUCUUGUUGCAAAUUGGUCGAUGUGUGUAGUUUCAAGGCAAAAGAAGUGUAUACAUUGUUGAGGUUUCGACAAUCAGAAUCAUAAAUUGUAAUCGUUUGCUUGCGGCC